AUGCCUUGGAGAGGCUUGCGCAUUGGCAUUCCCGAUGGCACCGAUUCCAAGCGACGGAGCGUGAUUGAUCUUUCGCAUUCUCAAUCCCGUCAUAGUGAGCAAUUGCCUCGCCCAUCCCUCUCGACCUCCAACCUUGUCCCCCGGCACUCGGAGUCUACUCCUCGUACCCCUCGUCUGACUGGUGCAGAUGAUGGUGAUGGCAACGACGAUGAUGAUGCUUCCAACGGUGACCCUCGCACCUCCCGUUUAGCCGUGCCAGGAGACCACACGGACAAUAAUCAUAAUUCCUCCAAUACGGGAAACUCCCCUGCUUCCCAAUCGCCUGCUGAAGCGUUAAGUGGGAGCCUACGCAGGAACCGUUUUAGCUUUAUGAGGCUCCGUCAUGCAUCCGAUCCCCAGCUGUCCAAAUCUUACGCCAAGGCCGAGCAGAAGCCCCCUCCAGUCCCUCCCCUGCCUCCACCGCCUACUAUCAUCACCACUGCACCCACGAGCCAUGAGCUGGACCAACCUGUCAAGCGAAAAAGCAUGUUCAAAAUCUUAUCCGCAUCAAAAAGGCCUUCCAUGGAGGAUCUUACGGCCGAUCGCCAACCCGGAUCUGACGUACCACCGUCUAGACAUGGUGCUCAAGACUCAAGAGAUUCUCACCUGGAAAAUCCCCUGUCGACGCCGCGGGGAAGUGCGGAGGAGCCGGGGCGGUUAUCAACUACAUCAGCGCGAAGCAACAGUCGAGAACACACCAACGACUCUUAUCGCUCAUCGACCGUGACCGAUGCCCGAUUCUCCGAGUCUUCUCGUUCCGACCAUAGUCAAGGGGAGCAGGGCGGUCAUUCCCACCUGGCGUCUUCUCCCAACGACGGUUCGCUGUCUUUCAACAAACGAUUUCGCAUACCUCGUCUCAAACGGAACCGAAACCCAUUUCCCCUACCUCCCAAACCGACUUUCGAUCGCCCGCCAUCAACUGGUCCCAAACCAGUCCCGGUUCCCGACGGCACCCCAAGGUCACAACGCUCUCAGGACGGCCAGGAUUAUUCUUCCUCGAUGCCAUCGCCAACCCGUUCGGCGGUAGGUUUUGCCGGGCGACCUCCUCUGAUCCGGAACGAAUCGACAAAUUCCACUCAUUCGGUUGCAUCGCACUCAUCAAAUCGGAAGCGCAACCAGCCAGAGACUCGGGCACGAUCGUCAACACUGGACUCCAUUGCAGACGGCCAGGGCGGAAAUCAGGCACCACCUUUCAUGGCGCCGUCUAACCGGACCUCUACAUCGACCAGUGGCCGCAAGAGCUUUGGUGAUAUCUUCAAUCUCCCGCAACGGUUGAGGCAGAACUCCGAGCCCCUGGCACCCCGAAAUGGCACCCCUGGCACUGCGACGCCAAAGAAAUCCCUGUCAUGUCCGGAACGGCAACCAAGUGACACCCCGGCUACGUAUCUAUCUCGGUUGGAAGAGAGUCUCCCGAAGGGCGUUAUCGCCGGCUUGCUGGCCCAGUCAGGCGAGGAUUUUAAUCUAACAGCCCUGCGGAAGUGCAUGCGUUGGUUUUCUUACUUUGGAGAUCCAAUCGAUAUGGCGAUCCGAAAGCUCUUGAUGGAGAUGGAACUGCCAAAAGAGACCCAGCAGAUUGACCGGUUUCUGCAAGCGUUUGCGGACAGAUAUCAUGAGUGCAAUCCAGGGAUUUUCGCUCAUUCUGAUCAAGCAUACUUCAUUGCAUUUUCGAUAUUGAUCUUGCACACGGACGUCUUCAACCGGAACAAUAAGCGAAAGAUGCAAAAGCCGGACUACGUCAAAAACACUCGCGGCGAGGGCAUCGCGGACGAUAUCCUGGAAUGCUACUAUGAGAACAUCUCCUACACACCUUUCAUCCAUAUUGAAGACGCGAAUCCCGGACGCCAUCUCGUGAAGCCUCGACGCACACUGUUCAAAUCCACCAGCUCUGAACAUCUAGCUCGCCCAUCGAAGGAACCCGUUGAUCCCUACGCACUCAUUCUGGACGGUAGACUCGACGCACUGCGUCCAAGUCUCAAGGAAGUCAUGGACCUCGAGGAUUUUUACAGUUGCAACGGUACAGAGGGACCUCCUGAUAUGAGGAGCCUCCAUCGGGCAUUUGCCAAAACUGGCAUUUUACAGAUUGUGUCUGCACGCUCCCGACCCGAUGCAUUCAUGCCGGCAAGUCUUGAGAAUCCGGCUGACUCGAAUCCUGGACUGGUUGAUAUCAAGGUGGCCAAGGUUGGCUUACUCUGGCGGAAAGAUUUGAAGAAAAAGCGAGGCAGGUCGCCCUGGCAGGAGUGGGGUGCACUCCUUACAUUUUCUCAGCUUUACUUCUUCCGGGAUGUCAACUGGGUGAAGUCGUUAAUCUCUCAAUCCGAAGAACAGCAAAAGGAAGGCAGUGGUCGGGCGGUUGUUUUCAAACCACCGCUCACCGAUUUCAGUCCGGAUGCUCUCAUGUCUACGGAUGAUGCUGUGGCCCUGUUGGAUUCCAGUUACAAGAAACAUAAGCAUGCUUUUGUUUUUGUUCGCCACAAUUCGUUAGAGGAGGUCUUCUUGGCCAACAGUGAGGAGGACAUGAACGAUUGGAUAGCAAAGCUCAACUAUGCCUCAGCGUUUAGGACCACCGGCGUCCGCACACGAGGAAUGAUCGCCAACGGUUAUGAUGCGCAGCGGAAUCGCAUGGGUGGUACCGAUUCCAGCCAGUCUGCCCCUGCAGACAUGGUGCCACCGUCGCCUAAUCCUGACACCGACGUUUCUGACGAGCUGGUUGCGGCCCGUCAACAGCUGAUGGUACAGAGGAUUCGUGAGGCCAACGAGAAACUCUUCGUUGCUCAGAAACAGCUUGAUGACCUGUUGCGGAACGCCCGACACCUGCAGAUUCUCACCCCCGUGCAUUCAAGAGCAAGAGAGCAAGUUAUCAUGGCGGCUGGCCGCAUGGCUGCUAAGCUCAAAUGGGUGAGGCAAGAUAUCUGGCGCACCAAAUGCCACCGCGAAGUGCUCGUUAGGGACCUUAGCGAAGAGGGUGUAGAUAUCGAAGCGACCGCUGAGCGCAAGAAGUCUUUGCACCUGCAGAUUCCCGCGGCAGGCAUCGCACUCCGACCUGAUUCGGGAAGGCCGAACCAAAAUUUGACCGUGAAACCGGAGCCUCCUGUCAAUGACGACACUCUUAUUUUGCCGGAUGCACCUGCCUCUGUUGAGAUUGUCGACAAGGUCUCUUUGCAACCCGGGAUGAUUGAGGAACGGAGACCAAGUCUUAGAUCCGUCGCGUCUGACAGACGGGCCUCUACAGAUGCAACAAAAGACCAGAUGCCUUCUUCACCUGUUCAAGCAGCAGAUGGGUUGGAACGGAAGACGUCGGUGCUCAGCUCGGGCAGCAAGAUGGAUGUUUCAAGCCUGAAAUCCCAUGCUUCCAAACUGGCUUCCCAGGCAAGCAUUGAUGAUAAUGAAGAGCGCCUCCUCCAUGAAACCGGCCUGCUGGAUGCCAAUGGACAAAAGAAUGGCGACGAUGUCGAGAAGCUUCCAGACGGUCCUCAGGCAACGACCCAUGAGGAUCAGUCUAGACGCUCCCGUCGCAGUCUGCACCGCAGUCUGCGCGAAUCUCACCACGGCAACCAUAUCCGGAACAAGAAGACACGGGGUUCGGUAUCUAGUGCUACUGGUGGCGGAGAGGAGCCAGGAUCAACCAAGGAAGAUGAAGGUCUUCCCCGCAAGACGCCCAGUUUCAACUUCCACGGCAAGAAGGCGUCUAUUGUCACCUUUGGGUCCGAGUGGCAAAACAUGCCACCUGAAGAGCGGCUGAAACUACGAAAGCCUACUCCAUCGUCGUCGGAUGAGCUUCGAUCUGAUCCUACUACGGCCAGUAUUGCCGACUCGGAAUUAGCUGGCGGCCGUCCUCAGUCCUUGCGAAGUGCAAGCACAGCAACGAAGAGCUUUCGCGGGAAUGACGAUACCCCCGAAGCACUUGGGAUCUUCAAAUGGGGCGAAAAGAUCCCGACCGAAAAUGGCAACGGAGAUCAGCAAUCUACCGAGAACCCUCCACGGGCACCAACAUUGAAUGGACGACUGGCGAUGCCCACUGACGGCGAAGAUGUUGAUCCUUUCGAGCAGACCACGCAGGAGACACAGGCCAGUACUCCUGAGCAAGCUGUUAAUGCAUGA